CUCGAACUCUUUGUAUUUGGCCUUUUCCUGUAACAUCCAUGAUUAUCGCUCAACAUUAUAAUGAUAUCAUUCAUGAAAAUGAAAUUACCUAUGAUAUUUAUGUUGAUUUUAUUAAGAAAAAUCUAUUUCAAUUAGAUGCAAAAGCAACUCUCUAUAAAUAUGAAUUUAAUGCAACUAAACAUCGUAUUGAGACAGGUUCGGAUAAAUUAACGCAUAAAAUUGAUGAUUUCGUGCAGAAGAAUCAUCAAGUUACUGCUGUACGACUUCAUUUUGAAGCUCGAAUGGAACUGGCUGAAUAUGUGUAUUUGGAUCAAGUACUACAAUUUAAAUUUUUUCAGGAAAAACCUAAUGAACAACAAAUCAAAUUAGCACAGAGUAUAUGUGCGCUUCAACUUCAGAAAGAAAAAUCGGAACAAGAAUUAAUUUUAUUUAAAUUUGGUAUUCUCUAUAAGAAAUUACCUGAUUCAUUGAAUGCAUUGGAAGAAACACCAUCAACAUUGAUAACUUCCAUUACUAAUUCUCAACAACGUGAACGAUUAUCGAAUAAUUACAUGAGAAUCAUACAACGAGCAAAAGCUGAUUUAAUGAUGGCUUUGACCCAGGCAACUGAAAUUAAGACACAAGAACAUCAAACAAAUUUUGAUACAUUUAUGGCUCAAUUGUGGAAUGAUCAACGCCAUCUUCCACAACAAGAACGUUGUUUGAACAAUGCGGAUGUUCAAGAACUAUGGACACCUUAUAUAGAUCGACAGAAUGAAGAAAUACCGAUGAUACAUGUACGACCAUUUCAACAUGAUGCUCCAUUAUUAGAUUGUAUUAAAAGGAGGCAUUUCAGGAAAUACGGCCGUCAAUUACAACGACAAAAUUAUUUGAUUAUGACAUCUACUAAAAAUAAUCUUCGAUAUGUUUGUCAUAAGAAUAUGUUCGAUGCGAAAACUAAUGAUUAUAUGUUACGAACAAAAGCUUAUACUGAAAUAGAAAAUUUACAAGUAUCCAAACGUCAGGAUAUUGUUCAACAAUUACUUAAUACAAUGGUGAAUGAAAUUGAAACUUUAUUAACAACUCUCUAUGAUCAUGAAUUAAUUACUACACUUCAAUAUCAUCAAAUGAAUUGUCGGCCUGCAACUAUUCAUUUAGAUUAUAUGUCAUUUAAUCCGACUACAGAUGAGUAUGAAGAGGUGAUGUUCGAACCAAGCAUAAUUUCUACAUUAAGUCCAUUGAUGCCUAUAUGUCGUUAUUUACAUCGUCUUUUAGCUCCUCUCUAUUAUAAUCAAGUAGCUCGUCUCACUACUGUUACUAAAGGUGCUGAUUUAAUUCAACGCUUAGAAUUUUAUCAACAACAAGGUUAUUUACAAUCAAGUACUUACUUCAUUUCGAUAUGUAUUCGAGAUCCUUAUGAAUCCAUCUCUCAUUCAGAAUUACUUAAAAAUUUAAAACAUUUUCUCGAUGAUUAUAUCAUGGACGACAAGAUACAAGGUAUGAAUUUAAUGGCAAUCAUAAAAUUAACUGAAUUUCUUCUUCAACAUCAAUAUUUUCUUUAUAAUAAUUGUAUUUAUCAACAAGUCCAAGGCGGUGGUACUGGUUUAUAUUUCCUUGAACUUUUAAUAGAUAUUUAUUUAUUCUAUUGGCAACAAACUAUACUUGCCUAUCAAAAUCAAAAUGAAAUAUUUGUUCGUUGUUUUUCAAAUUUAUUUCUUACAUCGAAUGAAGCAAAAGAGAACCUUGAACUCAUUUUUGAUAAGAUAAAAAAGAAAGAUUCAUACAUACAGUAUGAUAUUCAAAUGAAAACUGAACAUAUUCAUUUCUUAGAUGCACAAAUUCAUCAUUGGCAUAAGCAGACUCUUCAAACUGAAGUUUAUCAUGAUUGGAAAGUUGAACCAUACAUUAUGCCAACUAUGUAUGAUGCAUCUGCUUUUUCAUCCUGGAAUCUUAUUCAAACGGCUUUAAUUCGUGCUGUUCUAUGUUGCGCACAAGUGGAAGAUUUUCAGCACGAACAACAAUAUAUUGAAUAUUCAUAUAUAUUUAAUCGAUUUUCAUUUAAUUAUAUUCGAGAAAGUCUCGACAAUUUUUUUACACAUUUUCAAGUAUCAGAUCUUACACUUUAUUAUGAUCAAGCAACUUACGAUGUACUUCGUCGAUCUGUUCGACAAUAUGAUGAAGAAAAUAAAGAAAAAAUAAUGAAAUCUCGUGAAGAAACACAAAAACAAUGUAUUUGGUAUAGCUAUUCCAAUUUGACAGGUUCUGAUUUAUAUCGUGCCAAACAAAACCCACGAGAAUUAUUACCAGCAUACUUGUAUGAUAAUUUCGAUUCACAAGGCAUUACCAUUGAAAUUGUUCAUUUAGCCAAAUAUCCAUCGAAUACAAACUGA